AUGGCUGCUCCUGUUGCUAUAGGGACAAGGGGCACUAUUGGAUCUCUAGUCAGGAAGGAAAUUGAAUACUUCACCAAGUUUGAGAUAGACAGAAGAGGAAGCUCACGAAAGCCUCAGCAACACUUUGUGGACAUGGACAUGGUUUCUGGCAGAAGCUAUCCCAUUUCAAGGCCUAGUUUCUGGGUGAUGCUAACUGCAUGGAAGAGGAGGAAGAGAAGAUGCACAAGUGGGUUUCUUCCAAAAAUUUGUUCUGUUGCUGAAGUAGCUGAAAGCAAUCAGUUAAACAGGAUUCCUGGUUACAGUUACAGGAUCCUCAGGAAUGACAUCAACAACAUUCAGCUCUAA